UUGAGUUGUGGUUAUUUAUCAAUUUUUCAGUCUCGAACACAUCAAUUAUUGAACGCGAAUCGGGAAUUACUUGAGCAGGUCCAGUGUCUUGUUCAAAGGUUGCAGCAGCUCGAAACGAAAAUCACGAACGAAAUUCAGCAAAGCGUACAGUCACCUGCUGGUGGUGGUCCCCACACGUCGUGGACGCCUCUUAGUCGGCCGCCUGCGUACAUGCCUUUACAAGAGCAGUAUGAUGCUCGCUUACCUGGUGGCACACAGCCGAAACAACAAAACCUACCUUAUCAGUACGAGAAAGCGUCGACCACGAUAAAACCGAACGCGCCAUCACACUACAAUGUGUUGAUGACGAAUCCGCUUGCGGAUGCCAGUAUUCCGUCAAGCAUGGCCGAACGAGAGCACGAACAACGGGAUAGAGAUGUGAGCAACUUGUUACUAAAUGCUGUUAAAGGGAACAUGUUAGGCACUUUAUAA